AUUGAAUUAAUAAACAAUCCAAAUAAUAGAAGUCUUUCACCAAUUAUAGAUAUAGGACCCAUAAUAGAUUGCUCAUGUUCCGAGGAUAAUAAUACAAAUACCGAUCAAAGAAGUACCUCACCAGUUAUAGUUUAUGAAGUUAUUACAGUAGGUAAUUUCUCUUGCAAAGAUAAUAAAUCAAAUACUAAUGAAAAAAAAGAAACAAAACAAAAUAGUUUAUCAAUUUUAGGUUCCAAAAAAUCUACAUCACGAAACGAAUUUCAAAAGGAGGAUGAAUUAAAUACCAGUCAAAGUAAUCAAAUUGGUUCACUAUCUCUAAAUUUAGAAUCUAAAUUAGAAGAUCCAUCAUUAAAGAAUAAUAAAUUAAAUAAUAAUCAAAGCAAUGCAACUAGUUCGCCAAUUGAAGACCUUGUAGUAUCUACAUCUGAAGUCACAUUUUCCAUGGUUGAUGAUGAAUCAUAUAUGAAUGAGAGUAUUUCACCAAUUCUAGACUCUACAGAAUCUAUAAUAUCAAAUGGCUCUCCCACUGAGGUUGAGUCUUCUUCAUUUGCAAUUUCUACAAAGGAAUCUUCAUCAAAUGACCAAUUUUAUAUGGCGAGUCAAUCAAGUAUCGAUGAUACUAGUAUAAGUGAUUAUUUAUCAUCACAUCUAAGUAACAAAGAUACUAGUAUAAGUGAUUAUUUAUCAUCACAUCCAAGUAACAAAGAUACUAGUAUAAGUGAUGAUUUACUAUCACAGUCAAGUAACAAAGAUACUAGUAUAAGUGAUGAUUUACUAUCACAGUCAAGUUCUAAUGAAUAUACAUCGCAAGAUGAAUCUUUCGAAAAAGUUUCAUUUAUAAAUGAAAAUAGAGCAACUAGUUCGUGUAUUAAUACAGUAUCAAUAGAAAAGAAAAAGCAGGAAAUUGGUAAUUAUCAUGAAACUGUUAAACAUUUAAAGCAGAAUAUUGCUGAAGAUUAUACAGAAAGUAAUUACAAAUUACAGAUUGAAUAUUUAAGAUGUUUCAAUAAAAAAGGAAUUUUUUAUUAUACUUCAACAUCCAAACUUUCCUUCAAGACAAUAAAAGAAACAAUAUCAAAUAUCGAUAAAACUAGUUUAAUUUUUAUCAAGGGACCAAGUGGAUGUGGAAAAUCAACUAAUGUACCAUUUUAUAUAUAUACUUCUUGUUUGAAAAAGAAUAUUAAUUGUAAUAUCAUCAUAACUCAGCCUACAAGUAUUGCUGCUAUCACUAUUGCAAAGAAGCUUUGUAAAAAGAUAAAUUGUUGUUUAGGAACUUAUGUAGGAUAUCAUACGGAUUUUGUAAAAAGUAUAAGUACAGAUACUUUUAUCACGUAUUGUACGAAUUAUAUUUUAUUACGUAAAUUUGUGAAAAGAAAUGUAAAUAGUUAUACUCAUAUUAUACUUGACGAUGUACAUGUACGCAGUAAAGAAUUAGAUAUCCUAUUAUUUUUCAAAAAAUCAUUGACGUAUAAUAAAAACAUCAAUUACUUGAACGAACGUUCUUUAUUGGGAUCGUCUAAAUUAAUACAACGUAUGAUGAUUUAUUGCGGUAACUUAAUAAAGGCUAUUGAAGAUUCAGAAUUAAAGAAAAAUAAAGGAAAGAUAUUGAAUAAAAAAAAUGGCAUUUUAAUAUUCUUGCCGAAAAUUCAAGAAAUCGAACAAAUGUAUGAUAUAUUAACGUCGGACGAAUACAAAUAUCAAUGGGAUAUUAUCAUAUUUGAUUCUUCAAUCAACAUCUAUAAACAAGAAAAAUUAUUAAAUCCAGAAUUACCGUAUAAAAAUCGUCGUAUCAUUUUAGCCACAAAUAUUGCUGAAAAUGGCAUUAAAAUACCUGACAUCAAAUAUGUCAUAGAUUUUUGUUUAACGGCACAAUUAGAGAUUAAUCAAAAGAGCAAAAUACCACAAUUGAGAAAUAUAUGGGCCAGUAAAGUAAUUUGCGAACAACGUUCUAAUCGUAUUAGUUGCAAUGGAAAAGGAUACGUUUAUAGAUUAGUAACGAAGCAAUUUUAUACAGAAUUAUUAUAUAAAGAACUAAAUCCUGAAAUAAUGGAAUGUCCUUUAGAAGAUAUGUUCAUUCAAAUGAAAAUUUAUCAGCAUUCGUAUGAAUCGAAUAAUAUAUUUUCUUCAUUAAUUGAUCCACCACCUUUAAAGAAUGUAGAAUUAUCACAAUUGUUAUUACAAGAAUGUGGUGCAUUAUGUAAUAAUAUCAAUGAAGAUAAUAUCAAUAUUACACAAUUAACAGAUCUUGGACAUUUAAUGGGUGCAUUACCGUUAGAAAUUCAUCUUACUAAAUUAAUAUUAUUAGGUUAUUUCUAUGGUCUUACGGAAGAUAUGAUAAUAAUUGCUUGUUGUAUGUCAGUAAAAGAUAUAUUUUUCGCGUUAUAUGAUAAAAAACAAGCAUUAAACAUUUAUUCGGAGAAACUUCAUUGGGCCAAUGGUUCGGAUAGCGAUUGUAUAGCAUUAUUAAAUGUUUACAAAGAAUGGAUUAAAAUUCAAAAUAUGAGUAUAGAUUUUCAACAGAAAUGGGCCAAAAUCAAUUUCCUUCAGAUAGAUGCGCUAAAUGAAGUUUCAAUGCGAAUUACUAUCGUUAAAAAUAAAUUACGUCAGUUUCAUAUUGAUGAAAUGAAUAGUUGUAACGCGAUUAAAUGGAAUAUCAAUAUGGUCGAAGAAGUCAUUAUGAAAAUAAUUAUAGCCGGUGCAUUUUAUCCGAAUUAUUAUAAUAAAUGUACACAUCUUGAAAGUUCAUAUCGCAAGCAUCAUUUAACGAGAUAUUUUAAUGCAAAGAAUACAAUAAUUUUAGAAAAUUUUCCUGUACAAGAACCUAAAUUCUUCUAUAUGCGUCAAACAGACAAAAUUUUCAAACGUUACCUUAACAGUCAUUUUGAAACAAUAAUCUCUUCUUCUUCAUUAUCUUCACAAAUAUAUAUUCAUUUUAAAAACGAAGAAGAUAGAGAAAUACCAUUGAAUGUUUAUAAAUCGAUUCAAAUGAGAAAGCUUAAAAUACCUUUCGAAAUAAGUUGUUUAAAUGAAAAAUAUCCUAAUCAUGACAAUAUUUUCGAAGAAAAUUAUAUUGACACAUUGUCACAUUAUUACAUAAAAAAUAGUAAUAUAUUUAAAGACGAAUAUGCUUAUAUGAAUCCAAUGUUACCAAGUAUUACAGUGUCAACUUUUCCAAUUGAUAAAAUUGAUUACAUUAGUCCUUACUAUUUUUUGGUACAAAUGAAAGAUUCACAAAUAAACAUGACAAAAGAAAUGAUAAUGAAAUCUUUGAACGAAGAUUCAAACUCAUUAACGACAUUUAAUAUUCUACCAAAUGUAAAUGAUCUUGUGGCUGUUCCAUUGGAAAUAAAAGAUGAUAUAGUGUUAUAUUAUCGUGGUAUAGUAAAAAAAUACGAAGAAAUGAUGGAUGAAACGUAUGUUACAUUGCAGUUAAUUGAUAUUGGAUUUCCUUCAGUUAAAGUUUUAUGUAAUCUAAUGAGAAAAAUAAAAAACCCAUAUAUUUAUAAAAUUCCAGCCUUAAUAUUGGAAUGUGUUUUAGCUGGGAUUCAAGAUAAUCCGAAUAAGAACGAUCAAGAUACAUCGUCUAUGGAUUUUAUUAGAGAAUUUGUCAAUAUGAAUGAUACUAAUGAAAACCAAUUGCAUGGUGAAAUUUAUUCUAUUGUUAAUAAUGUUGUAGCAAUAACAUUGUUAUUGAAAACUGAAGAAAAAACGUACAACAUAAAUGAAUUAUUAUUAGAUAAAAAUUAUGCAAUAGUUAAAGAAGAAAGUCAAUUGUCAAAAGAAAACAAUUAUGUGAGAAAUAAUUAUUUACAUAUGUCCGAACAAGCAAUAGAAAGUUAUAACAAGAUGCAAUAUCGUGACGAAUGUUCAAAUGAUUCUUGUGCUUUUGUUAAAUUAGAUUCAGACGUUAAAGAAUUCAAUUCCAUGAACAAAAUAACCUUGACUGGUCCUUAUUCUUUACUUGAAUGUAAUUUGUCAGCUCUAAUUAAGGGUGGCAAAUUAAAAAGAGCUAUUAUCGAUAGCAAUUCAAUUAAUUCAGUUAUUCUUGAUAAUGAUACGAAUAAAAGAAAACAAAAUAAAGAUUUUUUCUUAAUUGCUGGUAAAGUAAUGCGUAAUGUAAAUGACAAUACAUUAAUGUUAUAUAAUAGCACUGUAAUAGAAUCAACAUGUGGAUUACAAGCAUUAAUUACAUUAUUAUUUUCAUCACAUUUAGAAUUAAGAUAUGAUUUAUCUGGUACAUGUUGCAUAGGUGCUCUUUGCGGAUUAGGAUUUGAUAAAUAUACCGGAUAUAGUAUUUUUCCAGAACAUGAUAUGGCAAUACCAUUCAAUUAUGAAAUAUCAUUGAAAGAUAUUAAACUGAUUAAUGAUAUAAGAAAAUAUAUGAAUAAAAUGACACAUUAUUCCAAAGACAUAGAUCAUGAGACAAUUAUGAGAAGAAGGAUUAUGUAUCAAUAUAUGAUACAAAUUUUAAUAUUGAAAUUAUUGAAAAAUGAUAGGAAGGAAAAUAAACAUAUAUUUCCAUUGAAUUAUGAUAAAUGGAGACUGUACGAGGAGAAAUCAAAAAUGAUUAAUCGUAAUUAUCAAUAUAAUGUUUCUUUUAAUGAUAAAAUUUACGAAAGUCAUUCGUUAAAUGGAUUAAACUAUUUUAAAUAA